ACAAUGGCAUUUUUCUAAGACUCAUUUUUUACUACUUCACUGUGUUGCUUCUCUCUUAUUGGUCCUUAUUCUUUCAGAUUUCCAUGGACCCCAUUUUACCCCUAUAUAUUCGUCCAUAAACCCUUCCCAUUUUCGACGGCCAUUUUUCUUUUACUUUCAUAUCUCCUCCUCUCGCCAAGUUCUCAGUCCAUUGGCUUAAAGUUGCCCUACAUUAGGGUUUCACCGUUAGGGUUUUCUCUGCGAGUCCUGGGGCUUGGGCAAGGAUUUUGGUUUUUCUAGGGCUUCGGCUAGGGUUUUGGUUUUCAGCUACAAAUGUAAGUUUUCUUAUGCAAUUUUGCUCAACAAUUGCAGGUGGGGCUUUUUCUUGUACUGGGGUUUGUCUGUUUUUUUGUUUGUUUGGGGGUUUUUGCUGGAGGUUUUUAGGGUUUUGGGAGAAGCGAGUGGAAUUGAAAGGGUUGGAGAACUAGGGCUUUUCAGCCAUGGAAGCUGGGGCUGGGCGCGGUGAGCCAUUGCCCAUGCCAUCACAUUCAGGAAGAAAGGAGUGGAGGGCUGUUACAGAGAAUUCGAUUAGGGCAAGCCCUGUUAGCGAGGAAAUAGACCUAUCGAAGCUGACUCAAUCAUCAGAUGAGCGAACUAUUUACGAGGUACAGCAGGGAUCAGGGCCCCUUGAUGUCGAUUUUUGUUCAAUUACCAUUGACAAUGUCCCCAACGGUGACCCAUUGCAACAACGCCUGCAUGACAUUUCUACUCAGAGGGAAGAGUUGCAACAAAUGGAGAUUGAUCUUAGAGCAGAAUUUAUUGCGCGAUCAGAGAUCAUGGAAAUGCGAAAGAGCUUUGAUGCACAGCUUAAAGAGCAUGCCAACAAUGCUGCCAAACUUAAGGAGCAACUCCAAGAAAGAGAACGGUGUUUACAUGAGUUGGAGAUGAAAAUGGAAGAGAAAGAGAGGGAGCUCCGUGCUAUUAAAAUUGACAACGAAGCGGUGUGGGCUAAAGAAGACCGUUUGAGGGAACAAAAUAAAGAGCUAGCUACAUUUCGAAGAGAGCGUGAUAACUCUGAUGCUGAAAGGGCCCAACAUCUUUCACAAAUACAUGAGCUAAAAGAGCAUAUCCAAGAGAAAGAAAGGCAAUCCCAAGAAAUGGAGGAACAGCAUAGAGCCGCACAAGAAGCUAUUCUAUACAAGGAUGAACAAUUAAGGGAGGCUCAAGCAUGGGUUGCUAGAGCUCAGGAAAUGGAUGCAUUGCAAUCAACUGCCAACCAUUCAUUGCAAGCAGAACUGCGGGAGCGCACUGACCAAUUUAACCAACUCUGGAUUGGUUGUCAAAGACAGUUGGCUGAGAUGGAGAGGCAUCAUCUGCAUACCAUACAACAACUUCAAUUAGAGUUGGCUGAGACCAGAGAUAGGAAUGGGAAUUUCAGUGAGAAUGGGAGAAUAUCCAGGGCAAACACGAAGGAUACCACAGCAUAUCAAAACAAAGGAAAUCAGUUUGAUGCGAAUGAAGCGAAUGGCUUAAACGGUAACCUGGGAAUUCUGACCAAUGGGGAUAUAGAGAAUGGAUCACAUUUUGUUCAGGCAUCCGUUGCAUCAACUCAUGUUGAACAUGCUCCUGGAUUACCAGUUGUUCCACCUUCACUUAUGAGUGUGAGUGCAUUUCUACCACCUGGACAAGCUGCUUUACAUCCAUUUGUUAUGCACCAGCAUAAUGUGGCUCCAUCCAUGCCAUCAGCCAAUUCACAUAUUACUCAGCCCCAUGUUGGCCAGUUCCAGCCUAUCUCAGCAGUACCAUCCCAUCAACAUUGGCAGCAUCAGCAGGUGAUAACUGAGACUCCUCAGAUGACAAUCCAGAACCAAUAUCAUGUUUCCCAAACUGAGCAUGGCCAUUUAAGACCUGAGAUGCAUUUUGACUGUGAUCCUUCUUUAGAAAGAAACUUGAUCUCUUCAGACUACCUGGAAGCUCAUUGCAAUCCUGAUCAGAAGUCUGGCCCCACCGUCAUAAUAUCGAGUGAAGAAGAACAGAUACAGAAACUGGCUUUAAAUCGUAGCAUGGCAUCUCAACAAGCAGAUCAUAACAUUGAGGGGGCCUCUCAAUUUCCUGACCAACUUGAGUUGUCAGAAAAUACUUGCCAAAAUGAACAUAAGGAUGUUUCAGAAGGUAUGGUACAACCACAAACAGCGGAUGGGUCUAGAGGACUGGAUUCCACUAAUAGUGUUUCAGUUCCACAAGGUAGAGAUAGAGAUAAGAAGAUAGUGGGAGGAGCCAACCAAUCUAAUGCGCAACAAUCUUUGAGUGGUAGCCUGGAGAAAUUGUCUAUGCUGACUGUGUCUGAUGCUCCAAAUCAGACCAAAAAUCCUAGGGAUAAUAUUCCUGAAAUUCCUCCCUCAAGUGUGACAUCAGGUAUAAUGGGACCCGCAAAAGUUUUAGAAUCCCAACUUCUCGAUGAAAGAUCCUUGUUAUCAUGUCUUGUGCGUGCAAUUCCUGUGGGGGGCAGCGGUCGGAUCAGAAUAAGUACAACACUUCUUACGAGACUUAGCAAAAUGCUUGCACCUCUGCAAUGGGAUGACUAUAAGCAGCGUCAUGGGAGGCUGGAGGACUUUGUAGCUUGUCAUCCACAACUAUUUGUCAUUGAAGGUGACUUUAUUCAUCUACGAGAAGGAGCACAUGCAAUUAUAUCAGCAACAACAGCUGCAGCAAAAGUUGCGGCCGCAGCCGCUGCAUCACCUGGUGGCUCAGGAUUACUGCCAACAGUUGCUCUGACUCCUGUGGCACAAAUUCGCCGCCCUAAAAGGAAUUCAUCCUUUGAUCCCAACCCUCAAAACCCAAAUUUAAUGGGGAAUACUGAAAAUACCAUGUUUACUAAUCGUGCAAUCGUGCAAGGAAAACCCCUGCAACUUAUGGUAAAGCAGAACCAGAGUUUGAAUGGUCAUUCCAGUAUUAAGAUUUUGAGCAAACCAAGAGAUCUUCAGGGGCAAAAUGGGGCUUUGGCAGAAAUGAGAUCCAGCAGUUCAAGCUUAAAUGCCACUGUUGGAAGUGGUGCUAGACCUGAUAAAGGUGGAUCUAAUACUUUUCAAAGCAAUGGGUCUAACAGUGGUGCAAAUGGCAUGAAUCUCGGUACUAAGCAACAGGGAAGGGUACCUGCUGCUUCGUUAAAUGCGAAAAGAUAGUACAUGGGUGAUUAUGACCGAUGUUGCUGAUGAGAUAUUUGGGAGGCUUCGAACAACUCACGAGUAUCAUCUGCAUACCUGUUACAAGGUCUGCAAUUUUUUGAUUGCAAGGAAUGGUUUCCUUGAAGGCAUGAAUCCUGUGCUCUUCUUCUAAUUCUAUUAUCAACUGGUUGGCAUCCCUAUUUGGUGAAUCAAUUGGGAUAUUUUGAUUGAGUUUCAAGCCUAAGCUUUCCCUUUUGUAUGAAGCAAAAGGUUUGUUUUGUUACCUCUAUUUUUGAGUAUGGAUAUAUGAGGAGAUGAAAAUUGAUGUGAUAUUCAUGGCUAGGUGUGUCCUUUUUGAUGUAACAUGUGAAAAAUUGGGAAAGGCUUAUUCUCUUUGUUGACACAAUUUGAUUGAAUUUCGCUUGCAUUGAUUGGAGGUUUGUGUUUGAUUUGAUA